AUGUCACAGCUGGUUGCCAGCAGCAGGGCAGCUGCUGCCUGCCACCGGCCUGUGGCCGGCCGACAUGGGCUGCUUAGCGGCAGCCCAGUCACGGCCCUGCCACGCCCCUUCCUGCGCGCACAGCGCCCCAGCAGCAGCUCCUGGCCACACCAUGUGGCAUGCAGCAGCCUGCGGCAGCAGCCAGAGCCGCUGGAGGCGGCGCCGCCGCUCAAGGCGGUGCCGGGCAGCCAGCCAGCGCAGCAGCAGCCGCAGCCGCAGCAGCAGCAGGAGCAUUGGAUGCCCGCCAGCUUGCUGUCAGGAUGGAAGGGUAUGGGCACCCUCAUGCUCAGCUUGGGAGCCGUCACCGGCGGCGGCUUGCUAGGCUCUGGCUUCGACCUGGAGGGCCCCGGGUCGGUGUUGCAGGCGCUGGGCGUGCUGGGCCUCACAGUGGGGAUCCACGAGCUGGGCCACUUGUGGGCGGCCGUGUCGCGCGGCAUCCACGUCACCAAGUUCUCCAUCGGAUUCGGGCCCACGCUGUUCAAGUGGCAGGCACGCGCCCGCUCCGCUGGCAGCUGCGGCUCGUGCAACAGGGUGCCGCAGCGCGGCAAGGAGGUGGAGUACUCGCUGCGCGCGCUGCCGCUGGGCGGCUUUGUGGCCUUCCCUCAGACGACGACCCCGAGUCGACCCGACGACCCCGACCUGCUGCGCAACCGCUCGCUGGGCGACCGCGCCGCCGUCAUCAGCGCCGGCGUCACCGCCAACAUGAUCCUCGCCUUUGCCAUCUGCCUGCUCCAGGCCGGCACCGUGGGCAUCAGUGAACCCGUGUACAAGCCCGGCGUGAAGCUGGGAGACAUCAAGGCGCAGACGGUGGCGGGGCGGGCGGGGCUGCGCCAGGGCGACAUCGUGCUGCGGGUGGGCGACCUGGAGGUGGCGCCGCGCCCGGGGUCGGUGAACGAGGUGGUGCGCACAAUCAAGGACAACCCGGGGCGCGAGCUGGUGAUGCUGGUUGAGCGCAACGGCCAGCAGUUGAGCAUCCCCGUCACCCCCGUGCCCUCUGGCGCCGACGGCAGCGGCCGCAUCGGCAUCCAGCUGGCCGCCAACGCCGACAUCAUGAAGAGGACGGGGGAGGGGCCGGUGCAGACCGUGGCGCUCGCAGCCGACGAGUUCCUCACCCUGACAGGCACCGUCCUCAAGGGCCUCUACCUGUUUGUCACCAACUUCUCAUCCACCGUGGAGAAUGUGUCGGGCCCUGUGGCUAUCCUGGCGGCGGGCGCCGAGGUGGCGCGCUCCUCCACCUCGGGCCUCUACCAGUUUGCCGCCCUCAUCAACAUCAACCUGGCCGUCGUCAACAUCCUGCCCCUGCCCGCACUGGACGGCGGCGCUCUGGCGUUGCUGGGCGUGGAGUGCGCGGCGGGCGGGCCGCUGGAUCGGGACCUGGAGGAGCUGAUUGCGGCCUUUGGCAGCGGGCUGCUGGUGCUGCUGGCCAUCUGGCUGGUCACUCACGACCUGGAGGCGCUGGGGGCCUACUGGUUCCGCCAGCAGGCCCCGCCCCCGCAUCUGCCCAGGCGGCAGGUGGGCGGCUACCUGGUGUUCAUCGCGCUGGAGGCGCUGCGCGGCGGCAAGAAGGUGGAUGAGAACCUGGAGAAGGGCAUCAUGGCGGGCGGCUUCCUGCUGCUCAUGACGGCCGGCGUCAGCCUGAUCGUCAAGGACACCCUGUCGCUGACCGGCCUGGGCUCCAUGCUGCAGUGA